AUGACCGCUGAUUUAAUAACAAUCCCUGUUCCGGAGCAUUUACAAGGUAUCCCUCCUCAAACAACGUCACAAACACAACCGUCACAACAACAAUUAUAUCAGCAACAACAACAACAACAACAACAACAACAACAACAACAACAACAACAACAACAACAACAACAACAGCAACGAUAUUCUUGGUCGCAAAAUCCUCAAAUGAAUCAAUCACCAGUACAUACCCCUUAUAAUACUAUCCCAUCUGGAACAACUCUCGGUCAAAACUCGUUUUUUCCUAAUCAAUCAUAUUCAAAUAUUCAUACUCCUGGUUCUGAAACAGCUAAUGCUGUCGCCAUUAAUAGUAAUAAUAAUCCCCUCUCUUCCACUAAUUUUAAUACUAUGCAUCUACAAGAGAUGCAGGGACAAAUUCUCAAUAGAAACUCAAGUUUUGCAAACACUCAACCGGUACCGGUACCAGUGCCAGUACCAACACUUCCUCCGCAGCAACCGCAACCGCCACCCCAACAGCUACUUAAUUAUGAACAAAAUCAAUUUUCAACUGCAACAAGAACAUCUUCUCGUGUAAGAUAUCCCACUUCAUUUCAACAACAAUCUGGUAACCCUACUACUAUUAAUAACAAUGAGAUAAAUAUUAAUGAUAAUAACAAUAUCCCUAUUCCUAUUCCUAUUCCUAUUAAUAAUCCCCCACAACCACCGCCUAGUAUAAAUUAUCAAGAGUCAAAUAGACAAAAUCCUGCUCGACAAUUCCCUCAAAUAUCACAAGUACCACAAAUGCCACUACAAAUAAUAAAUAAACCAAUUAAUAUGCCAUAUGAAACAAGAAAAUAUCUUUCUAAUAUGGCAACAUUAAGAUUUUAUGAAAUUAUUAAUAAAAUAAAUACAUCCGCUGGUAAAAUUACAUCAUUAUCAUAUUGGGAAACAUUUGCUUAUGAAUCAUUUACAAAAAAUUCCAUUGUAAAAUAUAGUAAAAAAUCUUCAACUGAUUUUAGACAAUUUGAAUUCUUAUUACCAUUAAUCCCAUUAAUAUUGGUAAAUUUAGGUAAAUUAGGUGUCAUUAGAAUUGAAAUCAUUGUACAACAAUUAAAAUCUCAAUUAUUAAGUAAUGGAUCCAUUUUCUUUAGUUCUCCAAGAUCGACCAUUGCAUAUCAUUAUCCAGAUGGAUCAUAUAUUACACAUUUCGUUCAAAUUAAAGGUCUAUUUAAUCCAAAUUUGAAAAUUAAAUGGUUCGAUCUUUGUAUGCAUAGUUUUGUACCAGGUAUUGAAUGGAAUGCAUUCGAAAAGUUAAUUAGUAAUGAGGGUAAAGCCUAUGAAAUUUUCCAAAAAUUAUCUCAAUCAUCAUCGUCACAACCCUCAGUUCCCAUGGCAGCUUCUAAUACCAACAAUGAUCAUCAUAAUAAUGAUAUCACCAAAAAAAUGGAGAUAAAAAAGGAAGAAAAUACCUUAAAUGAAGAUACGAACGGCAAAGAAGAUAAGAAACCAAUAAAUCAACAUGAUAACGAAAACUAUAUUAAGAAGGAAGAAAAAAUUAACAUUGAAUCACAAUCACCGUCUCAAUUGGGCAAUAGCACUAACGAUAAAUACAAACAUGCUGAAGAAUCUGAUCUACCCCCAAAUUUCGAUGCAAUAACCCAACUAAGAUCAUAUUUUACUGUCUUCAGAAAUGUAUCCGUAUAUGGAACACAAGAAGGUUUAAUGAGAAUAAUGCAAGUUGGUACUGUAAUGUCAUCUUUGAAAGACUUGAAAAUCUUCCAAAAAAUAAAUGGAAUUAAAAGUCCAUUAGAGGCUUUAGAUUCAUACGUGAAUUUAUAUAAAUAUAAUAGUUCACAAAUGAAUAACAAUCAAAAUCAAAAUCAAAAUCAAAAUUAUAAUCAUAAUACUGAAAGAAAACCAAAUGGCCCUUCAAGACACACAAAUUAUUCACCUAUACCAGAAAAUUACCAUGCUCAAAAUUCUUCAAAUCAAAAUAACAAUAAUAAUAUUCAUUUCAAUUUUAUGAAUAGUAAUAAUAGUAAUAACAAUAACAACAACAAUAAUAAUAAUACUUUGAAUAGGAAACCUAUGGUUACUGGGAAAAGAAAUAAAGAUCAUCAAGGAAUUCCACCUGGAACUGGAAUAAAUUCAACUAAUGAUGAAAAAAGACAAAGACCACCUUUGAAAAGAAGACGUACAAGUGGGGUAUCACCGAAAUCUUCCACAUCAAAAGAAUUAAGAAAUCCUUCUUCUAAUAGUAAUAAUAGUGGAGAUGUUAUAACGGCCUCAUCAUUUAAUGAUUCAGGUUCUCCACCUUUUAUUAAUUCAAAAUCAUCACCAGCCAUUGGUCCCAAAGACAACAUAAAUAAUUAA